ACAGUUCAGUUCGGGGUCCUUGAGUGUCGAGUGGAUAUAACUGUAAUUUCAAAAUUGGCUUGCGAUUUGCGGAGGAGGGAAUCAUCUUUCCUGAGAAUUAGCGCGAGAGUUUCUGAAGAACAAGGAGAAAAGCAGAGAAGAACAAGAAAAUGUCCGUGUUCAAGGGCGUCGGAUUAGGGUUAGCUUUUACGAAUUCCAAUUUCCCUUCUAAUACAAGAAUCUUCCCCCAAUCUUUCACUUCAAAUCCUGAAUUUCAUCCAAUUUCACUUCGUUCUCGUGCAUUGCUUUCUGAAAAUGGCGAUGAUUCUAAGUUCGACGCCAAGAGUACUUCUACACGAACUACAACUGAUGCUAAGAGCUCUGGAACCUCUGCUAGAAGUCGUCGAUUGCUUAAGCUUCGUGAAGAGAAGCGCAAACGGGAACGUGAUCGUCUCCACAAUGACCCUGGGCGAAGUGUCUCUAUCUCUCUCUGUGUAUGAUUGUGUGUUACGUUUUAUUUGAUUGCUAAUGACAGAGUUGUAGAAGAUGUCUGCAAAUACGAUGCGGAAUUACGUGCUGUUGUUGGCGAUAGCAUUGGCAAUCCAGAGGAAAUGAGGAAAAAGGUUGAAGAGAGAGUACGAAGGAAGGGUAGAGAUUUCCAAAAGUCUAAAACGGGUUCCAUCCUUGCCUUCAAAGUCAGCUUUAGAGAUUUCAAUCCUCUUGAUUCCUACAUAUGGUUUGAGCUGAUUGGAUCACCAUCCGAUAGAGAUGUUGAUCUUAUUGGCAGUGUUAUCCAGUCAUGGUAUGUCAUGGGUCGAUUGGGGGCCUUUAACUCUUCAAAUUUGCAGCUGGCGAAUUCAUCCAUGGAGUACAAUCCUAUCUACGAUGCAGAUAAAGGGUUUAAAGUGAUGCAGUCAUCAUUUCAUGAUAUCAGUGAUGUUGAGUUUCAGGAUAACUGGGGCCGGGUUUGGGUUGACCUCGGUACGUCUGAUUAUUUUGCCAUCGAUGUAUUAUUGAACUGCUUGACUGUUUUAAGCUCAGAAUAUUUAGGCAUCCAACAAGUUGUCUUUGGGGGACGUCGAAUGGGCGAUUGGGAAGAAGGGAUGACGAGCCCCGAGUAUGGGUACAAGUAUUUCAAAAUCUAACUUAUGUUUAGAAUUCGAGUGUAUAUAAUGCCUCUUCGAUAUUCUAAAUCUUCAUCUUUAUUUAAACUUCCGUCAAAAUAGUAGGAAUUUCUUUUUUCAAUACAAUAGGGGUAGAGAGAUUUGUACUACAAAAAUCUUGGCCGUUAACGUAUUUGUAUGCUAGUAAAGCUAGGUUCGUUUUGGGAAUAGUAGGGAGUGUUUUAGGCUUAGAUUUGAGAAUUCUGCAUUCAUAAAAUUUUAAAAUGGCCCUUCCCCUCCAAGAAAAGGAAUACCAAAAAGUUCAACAAGGGAAAGGAGUAUGUGAACCAAAAAGUAGUCCUCCAUCAAGAAAGGCAAGUAAUGAUUAAUGUGUGGGCUGGUUAAGUUGUACUCAAUAAGAAUCUUCAUUC